GAAACAGCGAGAGCAAAGAGAGGGAGGGAGAGAGAGAAAGGGAUAGAGAGAGUGGAAGAAUAAAACAGAUUUUAGCUGGAAGAGAUGGACAGAGUGUAGUGUUUUCCUCCAUCUUUACAGUAGUUACGUCUGUUGUCUUUGUGUCUCUGUGGUGGACAGACGCUCAGUCUUUGUGUUUGCUGUUUUCUCUCUGGUUUCUUGGAUGCUGAAGGAUUGAUGGGGAUGGAGAUACAACACAGUCACCCAGCGCUGCUGUACACCUGGACGCAAGAGCGCCACUGACAGAGGUCUGUUGAGUGGUCUGGACAGAGUGAGUGCACAGAAAGAACCAAAGUGUCCACAUCAGUGAACGUCCUCUGCGUGGCUGUAAGGAGAACCAUCUAGCCAAUCAGGAGAGGUAAGGGGCGAGGCCGGCCAAUCGGUGGUGGAGAGAUGUUGGGGCAGGGCGGCCAUGUGGCCCUGGUUCACAUGUCAUUAUUGCUGCUACUGUGGCGCGAAGCAGCACCCAUUGAAGUCCCACAAGAUGCAAAGAUCCUGCAAGACCUAAAGCAGCCCCCCACUAUAGUCAAACAGUCAGUGAAGGACUACAUUGUCGACCCCAGAGAUAACAUCAUCAUCGAGUGUGAGGCCAAGGGCAACCCAGUGCCAACGUUCUCAUGGCGAAGGAACGGGAAGUUUUUCAACAUCGGGAAAGAUCCCAGAGUGACGAUGCGAAAACGCUCGGGAACUCUGGAGAUCGGUUUCCGUAGCGGCGGACGACCAGAGGACUAUGAGGGAGAGUACCAGUGUUUCGCCAGCAAUGACCUCGGAGUGGCUCUGUCCAACAAAAUCCUGCUCCGGGUCUCCAAGGCUCCUUUGUGGCCUAAAGAGGUGCUGGAGCCAGUGGUGGUGCCUGAAGGCACCCCGCUGGUUCUACCCUGCAACCCCCCACCGGGCCUGCCUCCUCCGUUCACCUUCUGGAUGAACAGCGCCAUGACUCCCAUCCCUCAGGAUGCGAGAGUGUCCAUGGGUCUGAACGGAGACCUGUACUUCUCCAAUGUUUUGGCCAGAGAUGCUCACACUGACUACAGCUGCAGCGCUCGCUUCCUUUUCACACACACCAUCCAGCAAAAGAACCCCUUCACACUCAAAGUUCUGACCACGGAACCGUAUAAUGAUACAUCUUACAAUGCCACUGACCCCUAUGGUGGCCGUAAAGUAGCUGAGUCCACGCCGACCUUCCUCUCCCCCUCAGGGAGUGAGAGCUCCAAAAUGGUGCUACGAGACGAGCCUCUGCUGCUGGAGUGUAUCGCUGCUGGACUUCCGACGCCCACCAUCAAGUGGUUUAAGAAGGGCGGGGACCUGCCCUGGUCAAAAGUGAAGUAUGAGAACUACAACAAGACCCUGAAGGUUAUCAACAUGUCAGAGGAGGAUGCUGGGGAGUAUGUAUGCAUGGCCAACAAUCAUUUAGGCAGCAUACGCCACUCCAUCUUUGUUCAGGUCAAAGCGGCUCCUUAUUGGCUAGACAAACCUACAAACCUGGUGCUAGCCCCCGAUGAGAACGGGCGCCUGGUGUGUCGGGCCAACGGCAACCCUAAACCUAACAUCCAGUGGCUGAUCAACGGAGAGCCUAUAGACAGCUCUCCCCAGAACCCGAGCAGACAGGUGCUAGGUGACACCAUCAUCUUUCGCUCGGUGCAGAUGGGAAGCAGUGCUGUGUACCAGUGCAACGCCUCCAACCAGCACGGCUAUCUGCUGGCCAAUGCCUUCGUCAGCGUCCUCGACAUGCCUCCGAGGAUGCUGGGCCCUAAAAACCAGCUGAUUAAAGUCAUCGAGAACAACCGCACCUUCCUGGAAUGUCCUUUCUUCGGUUCCCCCCUGCCGGAUUUACGCUGGUUUAAGAACGGACAGGGCAGUGGGCUGGAUGGUGGUCAUUACCGUGUUUACAUCAAUGGCACCCUAGAGAUCAAACGGGCGCGAGCAGAGGACGAGGGCACCUACACCUGUGUGGCCAACAGCAUCCUGGGCUCGGCCGAGAACCAGGUCCGCCUGGAGGUCAAAGAGCCGACUCGUAUCGUCCGAGCCCCAGAGCACCAGUCAGUCAUCAGGGGCUCCAAGGCUCACUUUGACUGUAAGGUGAAGUCUGAUCCCAGCCUGCCCAUCACUGUGGCCUGGACCAAGGACGACAAGCCCCUCUACCUGGGAUGGAGACUGAAGAAAGACGAGGAGUCGCUAACCAUCCCCAAUGUGAAUGAGGGCGAUGAGGGAACGUACACUUGUACUGUUAAAUCGGAGAUAGACCAGGACUCAGCCUCAGCCCGCCUCACUGUGUUAGAUGAAGCCUCCCUCCACCCCUCAGUGUCUAGUGCCUUGCCUCCAGACCGUCCAGACCCUCCCAUUGAACUGGAUCUGUCAGAAGCUGCAGCCCGCAGCGUUCGCCUCACCUGGAUCCCCGGAAAUGAUCACAGGAGCCCAAUCACGCAAUACCUGGUCCAGUUCGAGGAGGAUCGCUAUGAGCCGGGCAGGUGGCAGGACCUGUCCACUUACCUCGGAGACCUCAACUCUGUCAUCCUGCAGCUCGCCCCCUUCGUUAACUACCAGUUCAGGGUCAUCGCCAUCAACUCAGUGGGCCCGAGUCAGCCCAGCCGCCCCUCGCCGCGGUACAAGACCAGCGGAGCGGCCCCAGAUGCCAUUCCCAGAGGUCUACGAGGAUGGGGAUCCAAGAAAGACAAUAUGGAGAUCACCUGGGAGCCUCUGCUUGAUCUGGAGAGAAAUGGCCCAAACCUGCACUACAACGUGUUGUGGAGACGGAACGAUUUGGGAGAGGAGUGGAGUAAUGUGACCACGGUGGGGUCCAAACAUGUUGUCCACAACACAGAAACCUAUGUGCCUUAUGAGAUUAAGAUCCAGGCCAGGAAUGAGUUUGGACAAGGACCUGAGUCUAAUGUGGUCAUUGGAUACUCUGGAGAGGACAAGCCCACCGACGCUCCCUCUGACCUGCGGGUGUCAAAGGUUGACAGCACCAAGGCGAACAUACACUGGAAGCCCGUGGACCUGAGCUCUGUCUCUGGAGAGUUCAAGGAGUACAGAUUGUACUACUGGCGCGAGUCCAGUCUGGUUCCGACUCUGGUGGUCAGUAAGGAGAAGAAGACCAAGGGUUUCUACAGCAUCAUGGCCGAGCCGUCUGGCAUCCUGGGCGACCUGGUGCCCUACUCUAAAUACAAGAUGUUCAUGGUUGUGGCCAACAACCUCUAUGAGGGCCCCCGCAGCAACACAGUGGAAAUCACCACCAAGGAGGGAGUGCCAGAUGCUCCGAAGUUCUUCCGGAUUAACCGGAGAAGUUUUGACACCAUCCACCUAGAAUGGGACAAACCUCUAGAGCCCAACGGCAUUCUGAUUGGAUACCAGCUCAAGUACCAAACAGUCAAUGGCUCCAGGGUGGGUCAUCCCAAGCUGGAGACUUUCUCUCCUAAUGUGACAGAGUUCACCCUGCGACUGCCGGACCGAUCUACCCGCUAUAAGUUCUAUCUGUCAGCGCUCACCCAGGUGGGAGCAGGGGAGGUCUUUGCUGAGGAGUCCCCACACUUCGCCAAUGAAGAAAACUUUACUGACUCUACAGGUCUAGUCGAGCUUACAGACGCCUCCCUGGCUUCAGCUUUCUCUCCUACUCCUCCUCCUCUCGCUCCUCUUCCUCCUACUACCAUCGCUCCUACAACCAUUAGUACCUCAACUUCUACGACUUCCACUACUACUACUACUGCUACUACUACUCCUUCUACUACUACCACCACCACAACUGAGGCAACCACUAUCGGCACACCUCCUCAGCUGGUCACCAUCAGGCAAAGUGAUCAGAAUGAUUUGGGGGCCAGUGGGCGGGAGAUCUGGAAUCUGACGGUGGAGCCUAACAGUAACUACGCUAACGUCAGCUGGAGACACAACUUCCAGGCCGGCAGCAGCGAGUUUGUGCUAGAGCUCACACUGGACAGUAAGACACCAGACCAAGGAGGCAACAAGACGGUGAAACAUGUACCGCGGGUGAAACCCCCCAUUACAUUGGUGGAUCUGAUCGCAGGUGCCGUGUACCAUCUGAGGGUUUAUUCCGAUGAUUACAACAGCGUCAGCAGCAAAUCUGUCACCUUUAAGACCAAACCAGCCUACAUAGACCAGGUGGACAUCGCCACUCAAGGCUGGUUCAUUGGCUUGAUGUGUGCCAUCGCCCUCAUCAUACUGAUCCUCCUCAUUGUCUGCUUCAUCAAGAGGAGUCGCGGUGGCAAAUACCCAGGUGCUGGUUGCGUGACUGGUUUCACAAAAUAUCUAGUCCGUGACAAAAAAGAUCUUCCCUUGGACCCAGUAGAUCAGAAAGAGGAUGGAUCCUUUGAUUACCAAAAUGGGUCAUCUGUCCCUGACAGGAACGAAAACGAGAACAGGUCUCUUGAAAGCAGCGACGAGGACAACAAGCCCCUCCAGGGCAGCCAGACGUCGCUGGACGGCAACGUGAAGGAGAGCGACGACAGCCUGGUGGACUACGGCGAAGGCGGCGACGGCCAGUUCAACGAGGACGGAUCUUUCAUCGGCCAGUACACGGUGAAGAAGGACAAGGACGAAACGGAGGGCAACGAGAGCUCUGAGGCCACGUCUCCCGUCAACGCCAUCUACUCGCUGGCGUAGCGCCGCAGCAGCACACGGGGGACGCAGCGGCACCCUCGGAUCUGAGGGUGUUACGAUAAAAACCACAACACCAUACACCAGACACAAACACACACAGGAAUAUAUUAAUAUAUGAAACACAUAGGGAAGGCAGCAGGGCCUGUCUAGAGACUGUGUAGGCUUUCCUCUGCAGAAAAAGUAACAGGGGAACACGGGAGUGGAAUUAGACCACACACCUUUAUUUUAGUUUCCAGCUCUGAGAAAUGGGCCCAUUGGAGGUGACGUUUGGACAAAGAGGACAGUGCUUGUUUUCCUCUGCGCUCUGCCUGCCCUAACACAGACAUGAAGUGUGCCUUCGGGGCAGCUUUCAGCACUUGGAAGCAUUUAGAGAUGUAUUCUUUGGUUCGUUUCUGCUCUGAACAUUUUCAGUGUCCCUGCUCUCCUUCCUCAUACCGCUGUGUAGCAUCCCAGUAAAGUACACACAAGAGGUCCCUGACACACACAAACACACACACACACACACACACACACACUGGCCCCGUCCUGUAACAUAUCAGCUUCUAACCAUCAAACUCAACAGGAUGCCGGCAGAUAUGUUUAUCAUAUUGAUAUUUACGCAAUGAAAGAUUUUAGUUUUUCCACAGCUGGUAGACGAGUCAUUGAAUCUUAAUGAGUGCUGUAUACAGUUCUGGCACACAUUUUAGUGCCCUGCAAAACUAUGCACUGUCACCUCCUCCAUAGCAUUUUAGGUUUAAUCUGGUUAGUAAAAGUACACAUUUUGGGUUUCUUUUAUACCACUUGCAGGCUAAAUCACAUGCUUUUAUUCACUUUGCCUUGUACGAUGUGAUAGACAUGUUUUUCUUACCUCUAAUCCAAUGUUGUAGUGCAGAUGUUCAAAAUGGAAGAAAGGCUAUUUCUGCCACAGGCACCAAGCUCUGCUACAGUAUGUUGUUAAUGAAUCCCAUGUUGUUUUUUAAAAGAUGAUAAAUAUUAUUUUGGAGCAUGAUAGUAAUUUAGUGCAAGAGAAAUGGAAGGCAACAGAGAGGACCAUUAGUUUUGCUUGAGAAUCACAAGUAGACCACAGCCCAAAAACUCCCUAGUUAGCAUGCAGGCUAAUGCUGCAUUCAUGUCAAAUGGGAACAGUUAAAUAUUGACAGUUGACAGUUAUUAUUUGUCAAACCUUUGAAAGUAUGUUUUAUACCAAAACAGUCUUUGCGACGUCAAUCCAACAUGGUGAUCACAUAAUAACUUAUUAUGAUAGGGAACCUUUUUUUUUUUUUUUUUAAAUGAACAGGCUACAUAUUCCUCUACAUGUAUUUUCUCGAUUGUGACACCAAAAUUAUGGAAGUUUAGGGUCCCAACCAGAAAGUUCCUAGUUAGUUUUUAGCUCCUGUAACUGAGAUGUGUCUUCAAGUUGGAGGCUAACGUCUACGUUCUUUUCCAUGGGGCAUGAAUGCAGCACGAGAGGCUGGGAUCCCAAGUGAGUUCAAACUACAUGCCUUGCGUUUUUUCCCAAAAUAUUCACCAUGGAUUUUUAUAUUUUUAGUCUGUGUUUAUUGGCCUUAUACAGCCAAUAUACAGGCGCUAUCUGUCAGCUAGGAACACGCCCACCAACCUCUAGUUAUUUCAGUUACUUCCCUCCAGACUCUCUCUCUUUUCUGGUGUCUGUAUGUUGAUGAAUGGGAGUCAUAAUGCCUCGGAAUAGGCGAAAGGUUUUGCUCAAGUUGAAAAAAUGUUAACUCCCAUGGACACAAUUCAUUCAUCUUCUCACGUCUGGGCAUUGACUUUAUAUGCAAACACACCGUUCAGUCUGAACCCACCUUUGCAGGGGAUCUACACUUCUUUCCCUCCCUAUAGUUUUUAUAAACUCAAUUCAUUUGUUAAACAUUACAGAUGGAAAAAAAAAGACAGCGUUAGGGACGCUUUGGAUACUUGAAUUAAAUGAAAAAAAGAUUUGCAGCAUGAAAAUAUAUACAUUCAAUUCACAGCCACCUUUGAAAUUAAACGUAUCAGUUUAUUUUUUUGAGUUUUUGCAGAGGAAGAAAGAAAAAAGAAAACUGUUUGAGUAACAGAAAAAGUUUUUAGAGGUAUGUAUGCUCAGUAUUUCACUUGACCUACAACCAUAUUUGUCAUGUAGCCAUUCUGUUAGCAGCCUGAUGGACUGACAGCUAAUCCUUUAUUUGAUACUAAAUGAUCACAGAGUGCUCUUUUCUUUCACCACUCAUACUCUAAUUACCUGCUACUCAACGGCACUAUUAAACCCUCCAAUGCUAAAUCAAAAAGAUCUUCACUGCAGUUAGCAACUGGAGUUCACAUUGUAUUUCAAAUAUUUAUUUUAUAUUUCUAUUUAUUACAUUAUGUGGAUAGUAUUAUUAGUCCUUAAUUUAAUAAUUGUUAUAUACACAUUUUUGACCAACUUAUUUUGUUGUUUCACACUAGAAAUAGCCAGAAUAAAGAUGUCUCCAGAUUAUUGUUCAUCAUGAGAGGCAUUAAACACACAACAGUAUGUUCGGGAUAUUUGUGAUAUUUGUAGCAGCUGGCUUUUCUGCUGUAAACAAAACCGCAUACCUGUCAUGGUACAUGAAAAAUGUCACGUUUAUCUGUCCAUUGUGCUGCUUUUCUCGUACUCAUGUUGUAUUACAGUUACUCUGUGUUGUUAUUCAGAUUUAUGUAACAUAAUCUUUCCACCACUCAGAAAAUCAAAAUUGUUGCUUAUUAUUUAUUUGACAUAUAUUCUGUACAUGUAGGUCAUGAAGAAAAUCUCUUAUAUUUGUAAAUAUUUAAAAGUCAACUUCCCCAGAAAAAUGCUUUAUCCAAAAAAAGGAAACAAAAAGUCACAAAUCUUUAUCCACCAAGCAAAAGCGACAGGUGCAUCUUUAGUCUGUCAUGCACCUUUGUAAUGUAGCUUUGACUAACAUUUGCACUCUGAAAAAGUAACAAGAAUCAUCCUUCACUCUACUGUAUGUUGCCCUUUGCUUUGUGAUAUAUACUGACUGUGGCAAGUCUAUCAGUCACUUGUUUGAUGAUGGUUUGGAUUCUAUAUUGUGAAAGAGGAAGACAUUAGAUUAUCUGUCUAUAUGUUGUAAAUAAGACGUAAGUGCUCCUGGAAUAUACUGUUUGUAGCAUUGUCGCACACAAACUGCUAGUAGGCCUAAAAACAUGCAUUUGCUGACUUAUUGGAACAAACUCCCCUCCUUUAAACUGUUAUACAUUUGUCAUCUCUCUGAGAAUGCAUCGACUCCUUCCUAGGAUGCCUUUCACCUAACAUGCCUAUUGUGGCAUAGCUAGUCCCAUUUCAGGGGCCACCUUAGAGGACUGAAGGUUGAGUCUGCUCCUGCUUCAGACUGUCAAGCCUCAUACAGACAAAGCAGUGCCCAAAGUUAGUCUCCGAAAGUUGUCCCCAAAACAGGCAGAGAACGCUAGAAACAAUUUGUCAUUGGAAAUAGGGUUAUGAAUGGUGUGAUCUGGGCACCUGGGUAGCUCACGUGGUAGAGUGCGCACCCAUAUAAAGACGCUCAGACCUGCGGCCCUUUGCUGCAUGUCGUUCCCCCUCUCUCACCCAUUUCAAGUCUAAGCUGUCCUGUUGAAAAUAAAGGCCUAAAAAUGCCCCAAAAAAGAUCUUGUCAUAGAUUCAGAUAAGAUAAUUUGGAGACAACUGACAAACUGUGUAGCAGGUGAAAGGGCAACAGAUUUUCAGUCUGCACACAAAGAGUUACUGUAAGUCAUUAUUUACAUGCUGCAGUGGCUUGAGUCAACCUAUCCGAUAUAUAUCAAGUUGACAAGGAUCGACUAAAUGCAUAAUUAAACAUGGAACUGGCCCACAAUCAACUAACAUUUGGGCGAAAAAAGUCUGCAAUUCUUGCCUCAUUUCGAGGAGCCUUUUAAUUAGGACAGACCUUGUUGAUACAUUAUGACAUAUUUAAUUUGCGGACUUCGAAGGAGGAGGCCCCUAAAAUGGAACACAACAUAUGUCCAGGUGACAGGCGGCCAUUUUGAAAAUGAAGAGAUGUCUGAUUCCCCCAAAAUCACUACCUCUCUGUCUCCAAUUCCCUUUUCCAAAAACUCAUGUUCCCUUCUGUCUCUCUGCAGAAACUCAAAGCAAUAUCCUCUGAGUUUUAAUCAGCUGGGUGUUUUCUCUGACGCCAUUGUUUUACAGUAUGUUCACUCUAAUGUUAGUUUGAGCACCGAGCACAGACAUCUUGACAAAAAUAGGAGACUGCUGCGGAAAUGGAAGAAAACGUGAAGAAAAAGCGCGGAGAGAUCAAACGCUGGGUCGAAACGUACAUGUCCGAACUUUCUCACUGGACUCUUGGAAGCGUUUUCCUCCAGAUCUGGUCUGGAAACCUGCACCUCCUUCUUCCCACACGGCCUUUCCUCUUUCCCCCCAAGUGGAUCACAGUGGGGAAAUGUUGUAAAGUGUCUAUCUAACAAAGAAAAGAGAAUUAUGCAUAGUUGCUGAUACACAGUGCUUUUUUUCUUGUCCUUUUAUUCGUGCACGUUGACUCUCUUUUUACUGUCUGCAUCGUCUCAGCUCAACUUUACUGGGGGAAAAGAAAAUGUUGAUGUGCAGUUUUACAGCUUUGUGUUUGUUUUUCAUUUCAAAAUGCUGCAGUGUAGAACUGGUGCAUACAAGAUUUGCAACUGGGUUUUUUCAAUGAUUGAUCACAUGCUGUUUGGCUUUUUUUUAUGAAUUCUCAUAUUAGCAUCUUCUUGUUUAUACCAUGUGUAUCAGAGCAGCUCGUCAAAGUCUUGCUUCGAUACGCAAAAUAACAGCUUUUGUAAGGUACAUACUCAACAGAAAAUGGCAUAAAUAUAUUCACCAUGUAUGCGUGUAUGAUGAGAUGUUACAACUUCUGCUAGCGACGCCUUCUUUAUAGUAAAGCUAUCUCCUUUUCUCUA